GGUGGAACAAUGGGAGGAAAAGGAGGUGGAGGCAGGAAAAUGGCAACGGCGCUAACGGCAGCGGCGAGACGAGGCGAUGGUGGCGGCGGCGGCGGCAGUUGGGCGAGGCGGCGAGGGACGUCGGCGGCUCGAUGGCCCGCGCUUUUGCUGGCGGCGGCUCUCAGUCUCUUCCAAGUGUCAGCCAUGGAAAUCUACACACCACAGGAACUCUCUGUGGAGAAUGGGACAGACGCAAAACUGGAGUGCACAUUCACAUCAACAGAAGUGAUCAGCAGUGCAGCUUCUGUUGCCUGGAGCUUUCAAGCAGAGGGAGCACCUUCUCCUGUAUCGUUCUUUUAUUAUUCCAAUGGAAGGGCAUAUCCCGGGAAAGAUAUACCAUUUAAGGACAGAGUCAGCUGGUCUGGAGAUCUUAACAAGAAAGAUGCAUCCAUCAGUAUAGCAAACAUGCGGUUUCAGGACAAUGGCACUUAUAUCUGUGAUGUGAAGAACCCUCCAGAUAUAGUCGUCACUCCAGGAGAAAUCAAACUCAGAGUUGUGGAGAAAGGUAGCGUUUCUGUAUUUCCCAUUGCUCUUGUGGCAGGGGCAGCCAUUGGUGGAUUUGUGGGUGUAGUUUUGCUCAUCGUUCUCAUUGUGUGCAUCGUAUACAGAAAGAAGAAUUCUAAAAAGCAUUACUCUGGCUGCAGUACAUCUGAGAGCUUGGUGUCUCCAGUUAAGCAGGUUCCAAGGAAGUCCCCCUCCAACACAGAGGGUCUGGUAAACAGCGUGCCCAUCCGAUCGCACCAGGGCCCAGUAAUUUACGCGCAGUUAGAUCACUCUGGCGGGCAUUACAGUGACAAGAUCAUCAAGUCAGAGUCUGUGGUCUAUGCUGAUAUUCGGAAGAACUGAGGAGAUCCCAACCUACCCAAAGCUAAACACAAAUUCUAACUGGAAUCUCUUGAAGAAAAUUGACCCAGAGAACUCACAUGUGGCCUUUGAUGCCUAGGCUAGGACCAAUGCAUGUGCAUACAGAGAGAAAGAGAUUAUAUAUGUAUUGUGUGUAAAUAGUCUAUUUAAUCAUACAGAAAGGAGACCAAUGUUGCAUGUUGAAAUAUGGUAAAAAUUCUGCUUAUAAAUUACCAAUAUUUUUUUUUGUAUCUAGGAUAUGGGAAGAAAGUGAAAACUCAUAUUACACCUUUUAGAUAACUUGUCUUAAUUGUUUUGUGGAAAACUGGAAAAUGGGUUUGCUACUUUGUUUUUUUUUACAGGUUCUGUUUUUCUGAUGAAAUGGAUAUGAAGAAAACUGUUUCUGCAUGAUUUCUUUUCCACUCUGGUGCUUUCCACACUUCACAUUUUCAUAAAACUUGAUUCCUGUCCUUUCUCUUUAAGACAUUCCACUUCCAAUGGCUCCCAACCUCAUCUCUACCAGAUGGAGCCAGAUUUCUAUAUUUAGGGCAUUAUACUACUACAUCACUACUACAGUCUUCAUAAGGCUGCUUUAACAAGGAAGCAUUAACAAGUCCCUUCACAUACUCUUCCCACCUCCCCCCAGUAAGAUUAGUUUUUAUGGGUGUAGUGGGAUUUUUUUCAAGAAGGGUGAAGCAUAUUUAUACCUAAAGAGUGUAGUAGCGACUACAUGGUGAAUCUUUGCAGUUUGAUCCUGAUGCGGCUUUCAGAGGAACUCAUGUUAGUUUAUUUGUAGAGAGUACAGAAGGCUUGUCAGAGAAAUUCCAUUUUAUUGUGAUAAUAAGAAUAAAAGUAGUCUGCCUUCAUCUAAUUUCACUCAUGUGGGAAGAAGCCAUGACAUGUGAUAGGCUUGCUAUGGUCCCAUUCUACUUCAGAAGGGCAGGACUGACAUAUGUCACUAGCUUUUAAUGCCUUGGUUCUCACAGAAACAUUGUGUAGAGAUUCUUAUUCUGUGCUGUUGCCAGUUUACUGCUACCUCCUGUAAUCUCUGGGACUGGUAAAUUAGGUAUUCACAGAAGCUUGAUUUGUUUUUAAAAUUUUCCAGUUGUAAGAAUAUAUUUUUAAAAGGAAAAAGGCUGCUGCUUUUUAAUAAACUACACUGCAGAUGUCUUCAAAUGUCUGCUUUUGAGGUUUAUUUAUACCUGUUUAUGCUCAGAUGGGCUGCAGGCAGAAAAAAUAUUGUAAGGUAAAACACUUUUCUCUUUUUGAGAAUCUGAUGAUACAGUUUGCUGAGCAGGAGUAAUGGAAUAAUGAAAAUAGACUGAAUACAGUUUGACACUUAAGGUGCAUCAGGAAGACUAGCUGCCAAAAGGAGAUUUAAAAAAUUCAUAUUCUCUGUUGAAUAGGACCUAUUGAGUUCUUUGUUAACAUUUAUUGCUGGGGUGGGAAAACAGAACAUCUUCACGGGCUUUUAAAGUUGUCCUAGUACCCUGUUGCCCUCUGUAUAUCAGGAGUGAGAAGAAAGAUCUGGCUUGCCAGUGGGCUGUCUAGCACUGUGUUGUUGCUAAGAGUCUUGUGAAGCAUGUGAGUCUACAUGGACUGUUGUGUGAUGCACCAUUCCAAGAGGAUCAUGUAACACGUAUUAGUUAUACUUUGACUAUUCUGUGUGUGCAUUCUUGCUUUAUAAACUAAUGGCUCAUAAGGAUUCUAGGAAAGAAAAAAACAUGCACAACUGAAGUUGGCUCAUUCCUGCUUUAGAAUGACCUGUAGUGGUGGAUGGUGUAAUGUAGGAAAGAAGCCAGCCAUUCACUGAAUCUCACCCUGCAGUGCAAGCGUGUUUCUGUUUCUCACACUUACAUUAUGCCACUAUCCCUCUCCUUGACCAUGCAGGUUAAACUCUGUAGUGUGAAAAAGGGCAGCUGUAGUAGCAGUUGUUUGAUACUAUCCAUUGAUUAGAUAUUAGUUCAAGCCAGUUGUGCAUGACUGCAGCAGAAUUAAAUGAUUUCUCCGUCAAGCCUUUUAACUCACAGGGUAAAAUUUAGUUUAAUAGAAUUUUACUAUUGGAGUAAGUCUCCACCCACCCUACCUCUGUAUCUAAUUGUCACUUCCUACCUUCUGUCACAAUUCAGGCAAUAUAAUGAGCUACUGCUGACAAAUGCCAGAUAGAACCCACAGCUUUUCUACGGGACAAUGUGCAAAACUAACUGCAUUAUGCAUCCUAGUUUCUUGGGUUUUUUGAAGCUUGAAUAUUGUUUAAUGUUGGAGAGAUGUCUUCUCCUUCUGUCCCAUUAUACAGUUCUGAUUUUUUUUUGUAACAAAGUAGCAAAUUCUUGACAAACGCAAAAAUUGCUGACUAUUCUUUUUCCUAAUAAAAAGGUACUUAAGUAAAAAUGUAGUGGACAUCACUCAGUGAUGUUUUCCUCUAGUGUACCAUGUACUGUUCUUACAUUUGUCAAUAAAUCCAUGGGUUUUAAUUUAUCAGUAACUGAAUAUGUAUACAUUUGUGUAUGAAUACAGCAAUAGUUCUGAAGAAAAAGACCUGUUAUUAGGGUAUAGCUAUGUCAGAUAAGGCAUUCUAUCCUUUGUGGGUGAAGAAGAUUUCUGCCUCUAAGAAGCAAACUUCCCCUGGAAUUUUAAGUACAUGCAUUAAAAACAAUUGCCCACUUAAUCAGUGUGCAAUUGGUGGAAGUGUUUAUUAUAUUGACCCAAUCACCAGGGUUUCACUACCAGCAACAUUUUCCCUGUUUUGUGAAAUAAAGUCCAGCUGGUACAGAGUGGUAAGCUGCAGUACUGUUGAGUCUUGACAGAAAUUACUGUCAGGUGGCCAGCUCAACGUUGACUCAGCCUUCCAUCCUUCUGAGGUUGGUAAAAUGAGUACCCAGUUUGCUGUGAGUAAAGUGUCAGUAACUGAGGAAGGCAAUGGCAAACUACCCAGUAAACAGUCUCCUAGUAAACAUUGUGAUGUGACAUCAUCCCAUGGGUCAGUAUUGGCCUGGUGGUUGCACUUUUGCCUAUACACUAAAAUCUGCCCUCUUUACAUAAGCAGAUGUUAUUGCUAAUGGAUAGUCAAUCAGUGAAUUAACAACUGCAGCCUUCAUCUCAUUCAGAUACCUCUAAAUAGCGUUGCAUGGCAGAUGACCACGUUGGCAUAGGUACAAUGUCGUCAAUAGCUGUUGGGGAAGAAAUUCCAAGAUCUUUCAGAUUGUAGCAGUAACCUUAUUUGUGCUACCACUUUCUUCAUCCUAGAGCACUUUUUUGUGGCUCCAGUGGUGACAUUUCAGUGUGUAAAUAUAGAAACUGGAACUGUUUUUUUCUUAAUUUUUGAAGUAGUUUGGCUGAACAUCUGUCCUGUAACUUACUCUGUAUACGCAACACUCAAAAGCUUUCCUUGCAGUGUACAGUAAUUUUGGUGAUGUGAGCAGGUGUUUGAUCAUCAAAUGAAAUCUGUUCAAAUCUUGUUUACAUUCUUGUCCGUCAUAUUUUUAAACCAGGACUUUUUGUAUAUGGUGUGUGGGAAGUUACUCGUUUUCUCGUUUCUUAAACCUCUAGGGGACAAGUUGGCAUGCAUAAGGGCAACUUUCCUAUGGUGCUGUAUUUUAAUGCCCUUUUUUUUGGUGAAAGGCAAUCAGGAUCAAAUAAAGGACUCCCAAUUGUGAAACUCCACACUCCAGCCUUGGACCUUUUCCCCAAGAUCUCCCUGUACUCUACACAGCUCCAUCCAGUGCAACUGUUGACCCCUUUUCUGCUUUGUUUCUGCACUUUAAAAAAUCCUUGGAACUUAAUUUUUUAUUUCAUUGUACAGUUGUCUUUUCUCCCUUGCCCAUUUCUCAAAAGCAGCUGCUUCAGGGCAGCUUGAUCGUGUCUGGAAAGCACCACUAUGAGAUGACCACACUGAUGCUGCUAGAUUGAAGGGGGGUGGGAGGGAGGAAAGGGGUAGACACCUAUAAAAUGGGUGUAUAAUUUGGGGAAAUGGUUUAUUCUCCACAGUCUUUGUAAAAUUAAAGUAGGAACCAUUGAUAGCUUUUUUUUUACUAGCUUCUGAGUUGGACAUGCAUCACAUUGGAUAUUUACAUGUUUUUUAUUGUAUGCUUGUGACUAUUUUAAUACACUUUUUCCAUUAGUG